UAUUCCACUCUCAUCUUCAGCUUCUUCUUCAGGGAGUGAAAACAGAAUCCAUAAAAAAGAUAAAAGAGUUGAAAAGAUCGAAAUGGUACCCUCCUGAAUUUCUCACUUUCACUCGCACAUUCUCUGCCCCUCCUGCUCUUCCUUGCUUCCUUUCAUCUUCAGGAAAAGGGGUGGGUGAGAAUUAUUAUUAUUACUAAAUCAUCUGUUGAUGGGAUGGGUGCUCCUAAGCAGAAGUGGACUGGCGAAGAAGAGGCAGCCCUUAAAGCUGGAGUGCUUAAGCAUGGCACUGGCAAAUGGCGUACAAUCCUUAUGGACCCUGAAUUUAGUGCCGUCUUGCGUUUGCGUUCCAAUGUUGAUCUCAAGGAUAAAUGGAGAAAUAUAAAUGUGACUGCAAUAUGGGGUUCGAGGAAAAAGGCGAAGAUCGCACUUAAAAGGAGACCACUGACUCCUAAGCGCGAGGAGAAUGCAAAGGCUCUCAGCACUGUUGUUCAGACCAAUGAAGAAGUUGUUGAUGCUAAGCCUCUCGCAUUUGCUAGUGGGACACCAGGGAAUGGUUGUCCAAAAGACCUGCUCGCAAGGUUGGAUAAUCUAAUAUUAGAGGCUAUUACCACUUUGAAGGAGCCAACGGGUUCUGACAGGGCUUCAAUUGCUUUGUACAUACAGGAGAAAUACUGGGCACCAAUGAACCUCAGAAAGCUAUUGGGAGGAAAACUGAAGCAUUUGACUGCCAAUGGAAAUUUGAUUAUGGUUCAGCACAAGUACAGGAUUGCACCUAGUUCAACAUUUUCUGAAGGAAGAAAAAACCAUGCCCUCCCAGAAGGAAAACGGAAGGAUGCGUUAAAAUUGGAGAAGAGUAAGAACAAAAUCCUUACUAAAGCCCACGUUGAUCGAGACCUAUCAAAGAUUCAGGGCAUGACUGCCUUGGAGGCUGCUGCAGCUGCUGCAAAGGCAGUCGCAGAGGCAGAAUCUGCAAUUGCAGAUGCUGAAGCAGCUGCAAGGGAGGCUGAGAAAGCAGAGGCAGAGGCAGAAGCAGCACAAGUUUUUGCUAAAGCAGCGAUUAAGGCAUUUAAGCUCCGGGCAUGUCAUACCUGGUGGCAAUUUGUUUUCAGAAUGAGGAUCAUGCCUGCAAUGAUCUGUUCUGCAAUCGGACAGGAAUGUUUCUCUGUUAAUUCUUCAGGGGAAUUGAAAUUCUUAAUUACUUUUAUUCAUUCUUUUUCUCGAAUUUCUUUAGUUAAUCUUGCCAAGAAGUUUUAAACCCUUAAAUGAUUAAACAACUAAAUGAUCAUUUGUAGAGUCACCUUGCUUUAUUCUUUUUUUCCCCCUUAGAUAAUAAAAAUUGCAUUUUUUUAAACCCUAGUCAUCAAAGCCCUAACUUCCGUGAAACUUCUUCAGCUUCUUGGUCCGUAAAACCCUUUCUCUGCCACCAGGAUUCAACAGUAUGGCAAGCAAAGGAGUGCAAGGAGCUAGGGAUUGCCAUUUAGCAAAACAAAAGAAAAGAGCAAGCCAAGGACAGCUUUCUUAGUGAAGAAAGCUGCUCAAGCAUCGUCUAUUCUUGAUGUAAUUUUGUAUCAUGUAGACCAAAAUUGGCAGUUGCUCCUGCCCAGGAUGAAAGGGGAAGAAUACGCUAUCUUUUUUUCCUGCUUUCCUUCCAAACAUCUAGUAUGGCAUGAGCUGAGGGCAAUUCAGAUCUAUACAGAUCAUUAGCUUCCGUUGUUCCUA